AUGGUAGGGGCCGAGAAACCGGCUACGGGCAUCGUCCCCUCGCCUGCUUUCUUCUACUUUGCAGAAAACGGGCCCGGCGUGCCGCUGACUCUUCAGUCUUCCGCUGCUGAUACCAUCUACCGCGGCUUUCUCCUGUUUGCCUCUGACCCAGCGUCGUCGCCGACUUCGCCGCGGUACGGCGCGCUGGACAUCACCUCGGGCGCGAUGAAGUCCAAGACCUGCGACGGCUCAGCCGUCGCUACCCUCACCCAUACCGCGCGUUCGGCCAAGCUCACACUCGCCACCACAUGGCAUCCGCCGGCGGUUGCAUCCGAGAACGCGCCCGUCGCUGAUCACGUCGCCAUCCACGCUGUCGUCGUGACAGAGACCCCGUACUGGUACCGUGCCGUCUCGGGCGUCAUGCACCAUGUCGACGCCUACAAUGUUCGCCUCGCCCACGCCGACGGCUCAUCGGCAGGUGCCUCGCACCUCUCUCCCCCGUUCUCCCGCGCAACUCUCGACUACUCGGCACUGGUCACCUCCAACUUGCUCAACAUCUCGUCUGACUUUAUGGGGCCCGGUCGGCCUGAGCUCUUCUCCGAAGAUCUUGGCCUUGCCGGCGUUGUUAUUCCGCCGGCAGGCCUCAACGUCUUGCUGCCUGGAUCGGGGUUGUACGAGCUCGUUGUCGAUGUCCGCGGCGACGACGGUACCCUUGCCAAAGAGUACAUCAUCCACGUCGAGGCCCGCAUCCACAACGCCUCCUGCGCCGCCACCCGCCCCAUUGUCAACGACAUCCUCCUCUCAGGCCUUGCUGCGUCGGCGCUCUCGCCGCCGUUUGACCCUGCGGCAGAUGCCGCCUCGGGCACUCGCUACGCCGCCGCCGCCGCCGCCUCCGAGUCCGAGGUCGUGUUUGGUGUCGACUGGCGCUACGUCGGCGACGGCUUUGUCUGGUCCGCCUCGCUUCCGCUCGUCACAGGCACCAACUCGUUUGCAGUCAACGUCACCGGUGACGCCGCCUGGUCGUCGUAUGCUACCGACUACUCAGUCUCGUGGGCGCUCGACAGCGUCGCAGGCACGCUCGCGGUCCAGCUCCGUGCCGAGACUCAGGGCUGGAUCGGCUUUGGCUUCUCGCCCUCGGGCUCCAUGGCCAACGCCGACGUUUGGAUCGCCUGGAUCGACGACAGCCCGGGUUCGAGCUGCGCUGCAGGCUGCGUAUUUGACUACAACGUCAAUGGUCACACCCGCCCCUCGCUGGAUGCCCAGCAAGAUGUGGUGCUCUCCCGCGCCGUGCGGGAGGGCGGCUACCUCGUCGUCGACCUCGUCCGCGCGCUCAACACCGGCGACAGCGACGACUGGGAAAUUGACGUCAACGCAGCCGCGCCCAUCGCUACCAUUCACGCCGUCCGCAUCGAGGCUUCUGGCCUGCCGUCGUCCGACGGAACCGGAUUCUCCAUCCACACUGCCGGCAAUGCCGCGACAACCAUCGACUACGCCCGACGGCCGACCGACCCGCCACCGCCGCCGCCGGCGCCGUCCAGCUCGUCACCGGCGCCUGUCGUGUCCGACUCGACCCGGCCCAAGGCCACCACCGUCCACAUUGUCCACGGUCUCCUUGCUGUCGUUGUCUGGCUCGUCAUGCAGCCGCUCUCCUUCAUCUUUGUCCGCUACAUCCGCUUCUACCGCAAGCAGCAGGCCAAGGAUCAGGAGCGGGCCGAGAUGUGGCGCCGCCGCAACGAGAGGCUUGCCGGCGAAACCCUGCCGUCGCCGUCAAACCCGCCGUCGGUGUCGGAUGAGCCCGAGCUCGACGAGUCUGGCCACGUCGUCACACGCAUGGUUCUCCCGUCGGACGUGCUGCCGAACCGCCGCCCGGGCCUCCUCUUUGCCGCCGAGGCCCUCGGGGUGCUCGUCACUUUUGUUGUGGUGGUCAUGGGCCUCGCCUCUGUCGACGGCUCAAACGGCGCCCACGCCCUACACAUGUGGGGUGGCGUGGCGCUUUUUGCCUCGGCCGUCGUCCAGCUCGCCCUUGCCUUUAUGACCCGCUCGGUCGAGGCUGCCACCUGCUAUCGCCCGACCCACGACACACUCCAGGGCGUGAACUGGCUCCUCGCCCUCGUCGUCUCGCUUAACGGCCUCGUCAUCGCGGUAUCGCCGUGGUACCUGCACAUCCUGGUCUGGUUCUUUGCCUUUGGCGCCAUCGUCGUUGUUGCCGUUCUCGCCUACAAGAAGCACGCCUGGCGCAAGGCCGCCGCCGCCGCCGCUGCCAACGCGAGCGAGACAAUUGCGGCUGCCCGCGCCGGCGAUUCGCCGUCGACAGCCUCGUUUGACGCCUCGGCGUCAGCCGACUCUGAGCAUCGUCCGGCCGGCGCAUCCGCAGCUCCCGCCAAGCCGUCCAAGCCUGCCUUUGGCGACGACGCGCGAUCCGCCUCCGGCGGCUACUCGUCGUACUACGAUGACGACCAAGGUGACACAAAGCCAGUUCCCAAGCCCGUCGCUCCGGGCCCUGAAUCAGUGUCGGCUGACGAGCCUGUGGCGUUGGGCGACGUUGCUCUGCAGCCGAUCGCGCCGCCGACCGACGAUGCUGCGCCGAGUCAAUCCCGGCGCGAUGCUCGCCGUCGCGUACCUGCGUCCACGUCCACGCCCACGCCCAAGCCCGUCCGCCGCGCACCAGCGCCACCCCAGACUGCCCCUGUACCAGCUCCUGCCGCCCCGGCUCCAGAGUUCAACGCCGACUUUGGCGCUGCUUUUGAGGCCGACUUUAACGAGUUCACUGAGCCCAAGCCCAAGCUCAAGCCCAACCCCGCUUCCGAGCCCGGAGCAUCUUUCAGCUCGUUUAGCGAGUAAAUGCGACUCUUGCACGGCG